AUUGUUACCAAGAUGGCGUUCACUACAACGUUGGACAAAAGUUGAAGAAAAACUGCAACACGUGGAUUAUGUCAGCUUGCCAAUGAUCACCAGCCUUCCAACAGCUGACCAGAUGACAAUCUCAGCUGGAAAUUUCUCUUUGGUGUUUACUAUUACCUACCAAUCAUUUGCGAUAAAGAGUAUGCUACUUCUAGACUUCUUCCUUCACAUAACCGACUUUGUGUGCGAGGACAAACCUUGUCUUAUCCAGCCGAAACUCAUUGAAGCUGUCAAUCAAGGGAACUACGGAUGGCGGGCUUCAAACUAUUCUUUCUUUUGGGGACUAACUCUGGAAGAAGGAAUCAGUUAUCGUUUAGGGACACUUAAACCUCACGGCGAGACAGUACAAAUGAACGAGAUCCAUGCCAAGAACCAUCGACCUCUUCAGGAAACCUUCGACUCUCGCCUUGAGUGGCCGGGCCUCAUUCAAGAAAUUAGUGACCAGGGAAACUGUAGCUCCUCGUGGGCCUUCUCAACAGCAGCUCUGUCAUCUGAUCGACGAGCAAUCCAGUCGAAAGGCCGCGAAAGAAUAACACUGUCUCCGCAACAGCUUAUCUCUUGUAACAGCAGAGGACAGAAGGGUUGUCAAGGAGGACACGUUGACAGGGCAUGGUGGUUCAUGAGGAAGCAGGGGUGUGUUCAUUUCGCAGAAAAAUAACUUUCUAUGUUCGUUACUGAACUCAUUGUGAUC